AUGGAAGCCGACUGGGAGUUAGAUUCAGACAACGAGGGAAAGCGAUGGAGUCUCGGCCCGGCGUUCGACGACGCGGGUCAGCUCUCAGACGACGACCUUCUCACUGACCUCGGGAGUACCGCCGCCAUUCGAGGCGGCGAUCUUCUCACUGACCUUAACGGUACCGCCAUUCGAGACGGCGACCUUACUACGAGCAACCUCGAGAGCACCGCCGUUAGCGGCGGUUUCACUAGUGGUGUCGCCGGAAGAGACGGCCAAAGUAGCGAUGCGAGCAACGGCGCGGGGAUAAAUCGCACGUCGCAGGCCAACGGCGCGUCAAACCUUAACGGCUCGCUAGACUAUAACGGGAAUAGUGAAAGUUCUGAUCGACCUGGAAACGAGGAGGCCUUGCGAUCCGCUGGCGGCAUAGACGGCGAAGCUGUCAGUCUACGCGCUGCGGACGAGGGGAGGGAGUCCCAGGUCAAUUUUGCGCGAGCCAACGGGUCGCGCGACGCCGGGGAGCAGAGCGUGAGGGUAGCUGCGCAGUUGGAAGUCUGCGCGGAGCAGAGCGGGGCUGGCGACGUGGGUGGCAGAAGGGAGGACACAGCAGAUGGAACGCAUGUAGCGGCAGUUGCGCCUGAAUUGGCGCCGCAUAGGGAGGAGCGGAGUGCUGAGUCAACAGGGCCGUCAGUGAGUUCACUCGCGCCCGAUUUAGCGCCAGAAGAAACGUCCGCCGGAGGAUUGGCAAACGGGAGCGGCGAGUGGGUGGGGAAGGAGCCUGCGGAAGGUGUGAGGGAGGCCAAUGGUGCAACGGAUGCAGACGAGGGGAGACGAGGGCAAGGAAAGAGUGGUAGUGAGGAGAGCAGCGCAGUGAAUAGCAUUGCUGUGACUGGGAGGUGGAGUGAUCCCGGGUGGUUGGGCAUCAGGGGAAGGGCAGGGGCGCUGGGGGGGGCGCAAGGGGGAGUGCAAGGGGGAGCGCAAGGGAGAGUGCAGGGGGGAGCUUUGGGGGGAGUGCGGGGAACUGUGGGGCAAAGUGCGGAGAGAGCAGUGGUUGCAGGGAAGGGGAGUGGGCGCGUGGGGAGUCCGAGUGGAAGGAGGGAUGCAGCGCCAGGAACAGCAGGGGGGAAGGCAGGGGGGAGAUUCGAGGGGGCGGAUAGGGCGGGUGUGAGUGGCGCAGCAGGGAGGGCCGGGGGAAGUCCUUUGAGACGAAAUGGCGCAGCAGGGGGGAAGGCGGAAGAGAGAGCAGGAGGUGUUGGCGGGGGACGAGUAGUCGUUGCCCCAACGCCUGCCCCUUGCGAUCCCCCACUGACUGCUUUUGAGGCGCCUCAAAAGUCGUCUCACUCUCAAUUUGCCUCUGCCUCUGCCUUGGGUUCUGCACCUGCCUCUGCAUACCCCUCUGUCUCCAGCAGCCCUGUCGUUGCCCCAACGCCCGCGCCUUGUGAUCCCCCACUGACUGCUGCUGGGGUUCCUCCUGGCAUUUAUGAGGGUAUGCAGGGCGUUUCCCCUGCUGUCAACAGUGCAUCCUCAUCAUCUGAUCCCUCCCCUGAUGUGGUCAACACCACCAGCACCUUCACUUCUGCUGCUGCUGCUGCUGCUGCUGGUGGUGGUGAAUCCAAUGCUGCUGUUGCCGGCAGUGAUCGAAUGGGUGACACUGUGAGUGCUGUAGAUAGGGUAGGAAGUGUGGAGUUGGAGGUGGGGAGAGAUGAGGGAAGAGAGGAGGAAAGGGAGGAGAGAACAGAGGAGGGAAGAGAGGUGGACGAAAGCGUGGUGGAGGAAAGAGAAGAGGAUGAAGGGAUGACUCUGCAGGAGAUUAGCGGUGACAAGCAGGCGGGGACAAGAGAUCAAGACCAAGUAGCAGAGGGAUGGGAGAAGGAGGAGGAGGAGGAAGGCGGCAAGACAGACUCGCUAAAGACAGCAGAGAGGUCAACACAAGCAGCAGAAGCCAGUGCUGCGAUGCCUAACGCGAUUCCCAGCAUGCACAGCCUUGUGACAGCACCUGCUGUCACACCAGCAGCUGUAGUGUCAUCCGCUGCAGCAGCAUCAGCAUCAGCAUCACCAAGCAAGCCAUCACAACAACCAGCGUCUCCAGUACCAUCAUUGCUAUCACCGUCACCAUUACCAUCACCAUCACGGUUAUCAUCACUGGCAGGGUCAAGAGGAGCAUCAUCACCAGCAGCAACGGGAGCAUCAAUGCCAGUAUCAUCACCAGAACGAGGAGGAGGAGGAGGGGGAGGGAGCUUGGGUGGCAGGGCAAGAGUGUCGCCUAGAGAGCUGCGGGUGAUGCCGGGUCCUGAUGUGCGCGGCACAGAUGACACGGUGGGUGGCAGAGAUGACACGGUGGGUGGCAGAGAUGACACGGUGGGUGGCAGAGAUGACACGGUGGGUGGCAGAGAUGACACGCACAUUGACCUGCGCUCGCAGCGCAUCAGAAGCCUCAAGGCCCACACGCUGCACCUGCACACACAUGUGCCGUCGUCCUUCUCCUCUCCUCCCCCCUCCCCUCUCAUCAUCAUCCCUCAGUCCCCUUCUUCAGCGUGUGCUCGCAGCGCAUCACAAGCGCCCCCCCUCAGUCCUCUUCUCCUCCUCCCUCCUCUUCUCCUUCCCCCUCCCCUCUCAUCCCCAUCCCUCAACUCCCCCCUACCAGCGCCGGGUGGACCUGCGGUCGCAGCGCAUCAGAAGCCUCAAGGCAGAUACGCUGCACCUGCCGCCUGCUGCUCAGGUGGGCUUGUGGCAGGUGCUGCUCAGGUGCUGCUCAGGUGCUGCUCAGGUGCUGCUCAGGUGUGGGGCAGUGGGCUCACCGUGGCUGAGGCAGGCGCUAUAGACUGUGUGGGUGUGCGUGCCUCAUGGGGUCGCAUGCCUGUUGAUGCCCCUGCGCUUCUGAUUCUGCUUUUUGUGUAUCUGAGGGGCAACAAGCUGACAGCAAUGGACGGCAUCGAGCGUCUCAAGAAGGUCAAGGUGCUAGACGUAAGCUACAACCAGCUGGGAGAGGCUUCCCUGGCGCCACUAGCUGCAUGCGCGUCCCUGCAGCAACUGUUCCUGGCGGGUAACCACAUCUCCUCCCUCGCAUCACUGCCUCGACUCCCCUCCCUCGAGUUUCUCUCAGUGUCUCAGAAUUCGCUCUGUCUCAUUGACAUGCCGUCCCAACCCCGCCUCAAGGUGGUCACAGCCAGCAGCAACAGCAUCGCCUCCUUCGAAUCCUUCCCCCUCCUGCCCGCUCUGGAGCACCUGCGUCUGGACGACAACCCAAUAGAGGACGCCCCUGCUCCGCACUUGGCUGCCAUUCUGCUCGCCGCCUCCUCUCUUCUCUCCUUCAACUCCUCAGCUAUAAGUGAUGAUGAGCGUUUAGCAGUGGAAGAAGCGGGGGGAGGGCACGGGCCCAUGUGUGUGCGCAUGGGAUGGCUGCCUCCGUCCCCUUCCAUUAGCGACAUACCAGCCUCCCUGGUGACCUUUCUCGCCACCCACUGGGCAUCAACGCUUCCUGCCGGCUUCACCCUCUCGUCGCUGCUGCUCGACCGGCCCAUAGAGGACCGCCCCUGCCACUGCCGCCUGCUGCUGCAGCGCACUGGUGGUGGUGCACGGGCGAGGGAGGAUGGGGAGGAGGAUUGGGGCGAGGAUGGGGUGAAAGAUGGGGGGCAGGAUGGGGGGAAGGAUGGGGGGAAGGAUGGGGGGAAGGAUGGGGGGAAGGAUGGGGGGAAGGAUGGGGGGAAGGAUGGGGGGAAGGAUGGGGGACCAGAUAGGGAGGAGGUUGUGGGUGAGGAUGUGGGAGUUGAAGAGAGAGAGGAGGGAGUUGGGCCAAGGGAGAGGGGAAAGGAGAGGGAGGGAGGGGAGGAGGAAUCAUCAGUGUCAUCGGGUGUGGCGAUGCGGUAUGAGUGGCUGCGGCGGGGCAAAGGGGCUGCGGAGUUCAGCGCCAUUCCCGAUGCUGAGGGGGAGGUCUACACGCCCUCCUUCUCAGACGUGCAUGCGUGUCUCGCUGUGCGCUGCACCCCGCUGCUCCACGGCCAGCCCUGCACGCCCCUUAUCCUCACCACGCCGCUGGUCGUCCCUGGCCCGGGCAUACCACGAGUGCACCAUGUGUCGCUGGGAGGGGAGGCGGUGGAGGGGGGCGUGCUGACUGCCAUGGUGGAGGUGGGGUGGAGCUCGGGCGAGCCAGGGCCGUGCCAGUACAGCUGGACCCGCUUGGCACCCACAGCUCAGGGCGGGACAACAAGGGAGGAGGUGCAGAGGGGUGGGGAGGAGUACUCCCUCUCACUGCACGACGUGGGGUGUGUGCUGCAGCUCGCCUUCACCCCGGUGUCUGCUGCAGGGGUGAGGGGGGAACCCGCCUCCGCCACCUCUCCCCCCAUUGCUGCCGGUGAGAAUGGGUGCAGAGGGGUGGGGAGCGGUGGGUGUGUGCUGCAGCUCGCCUUCACCCCGGUGUCUGCUGCAGGGGUGAGGGGGGAACCCGCCUCUGCCACCUCUCCCCCCAUUGCUGCUGGUGAGAGUGGCUGCUUGGUGAGAGUGGCUGCUUGGUGGAGUGGGCGCAGAGGAGUGCUGCUGGGGGAUCUUAUGCCUAUGAUAGCUCACUUUCGCCCCACUCUUAUCCCCAUGCUUCCCCCCAUGCUUCCCUCCACGCUUCCCCCCACGCCCUUCCCCCUCCCCCCUCCAGCGCCCCCCCAGGUGCAGCAGGUGGCGGUGGAGGGGGAAGCACUGCUGGGGGGAGCGCUGCGGGCGAGUCUAUGCUUAUUUAUGCCGGCUCAUCUCCUUCCCCUUCCCCCUCCCUCUCUUCCUUCUUUCUCCAGCGCCCCCCCAGGUGCAGCAGGUGGUGGUGGAGGGGGAGGCGCUGCUGGGGGGAGUGCUGCAGGUGAUGCUAUACCUAUGCGGGCUCACUCUCUCCCCAUGCUCCCCCCCAUGCUUCCCCCCCGUUUCCCUCUACGCCCUUCCCCCUCCCCCCAUCCAGCGCCCCCCCAGGUGCAGCAGGUGGCAGUGGAGGGGGAGGCGCUGCUGGGGGGAGUGCUGCGGGCGAGGGGAACUUAUUUUGGGGGAGCAGAGGGGGCGAGUUUGCUGCAGUGGUUCCGGGAGGAGGGGGGGAAGGCGGAGGGGGGGUUGGAGGAGGGGGGGAAGGCGGAGGGGGGGUUGGAGGAGGGGGAAGACGGAAGGAGUGCGGCCGGUGCUGGUAGCAACAGUGGUCGUUUGCGACUAGUGCCAGUGGGCGAGGGCAGAGAGUACGCAGUGCAGGCGGACGAUGUGGGCUGCUACCUGCUGCUGCGCUACACGCCAGUCGCCUCCUCAGGUCUGAUCGGAGAGCCAGUCACAGCGCGCUCGCCUAUCAUCUGCCUCCCCCUACCCCAUGGCAGCGACGUGGCGAUGAGGGGCCACUGGUGGAGGGAGGAGAGGUACGGACGGGUGGAAGGCGGGGAGGUGCGGGUGCGGGCACGGUUGCAAUGGGCAGAGGAGGGGCACAGCGUGGGAGAAUGGCUCUUCACACUCACAGCCCCUCUUCCCUCUUUCGCACUCCCUUUCCUCCCCACCCAUCCUCCACCAGCGCUGCCGCGGGCGAGCGAUUUGGCGAUUGAGGGGCCGCUGGUGGAGGGUGGGGAGGUGCGGGUGCGAGUGCGGUUGCAAUGGGCCGAGGAGGGGCGCAGCGAGGUGGAGUGGUUCUUCACUCACACGCCCCACUCCCUUUCAACUGCGGACCUUCAGCCCAUCACUGCUGAGACCCCCAACUCCAUGGAGCCGCAACAAGGGGGUGCAGGGGGCGGAGAAGGGAGGGAUCUGAGGGGCCUCAAGAGGAGGGGCCUCAAGAGGAGGGGCCUCAAGAGGAGGGGCCUCAAGAGGAGGGGCCCAGUGAGGUGGAAUGGUUCUUCACCCACACGCCCCACUUCCUUUCCACUUUCUCUCCCUCCGUCCAACCUAGGCAUGGGCAUCUGGCCCGACCCGGCCCGACCCGCCCUCACAGUGCCUCUGGAGGCCAUAGGGUCGCACCUGGCAGUGCGGCUGGUGCCGGUGCGGGCAGAUGGGGUCAAGGGCAGGCCUGUGGUCGCCGUGUCCUCUGCUGCAGUCACAGGCUUCAGAUUCACUCUUUUCCCUGCUCUGCAUUGCCCUCCCCUGCACUGCAUUGCCCUCCCCUGCACUGCAUUGCCCUUCACUGCACUGCAUUGCCCUUCCCUGCACUGCAUUGCCCUUCACUGCACUGCAUUGCCCUUCCCUGCUCUGCAUUGCCCUUCCCUGCACUGCAUUGCCCUUCCCUGCUCCUUCUACCCUCUCUCCUCCCGCCCAGAGGGCGAGCCGCAGGUGCUGAGUGCGGACAUGGAGGGGGAGGAGGAGGAGGGGGGUGUGCUGGUGGGGUAUUACACGUACCAGGGAGGGGCCGAGGGGGACUCGCUGCUCGAGUGGUACCGAUAUGCGGACGAGGAUGGCCAGCCGGGGCCACACGGCGAGUUGGUAGAAGACGAGGACGGCGAGCAGCCGCGGAUGGCAGGGGGCGGCAUGAGUCGGCAUGUUCCGUCCGCUAGCGACGUGGGCUGCUUCCUCUCCUUCCGCGUCACCCCUGUGCGAUCCGACGGGGCGGUCGGCACCCCCCAGGCUGUCUGCACGGCCGGCCCGAUCCGGGCGGCGCUGCCGUCCGUUAGUGACGUGUGGGUGGAGGGCGAUCUGGUGGAGGGCGGGCGGCUGGUGCCCAGGUGGACGUAUGCGGGCGGCAGACAGGGGAACACACGCGUGCAAUGGUUCUCGAUGCUGCCCGACAUGAGUGACAAGCGCCGCAUUCACCCAGCAGGCGCGCUAGGGGGAGAGGGGGGGCUAGAACAGGGCGGGGGGGGGGAGGAGGAGGGGGAGGAGGAGGAGGGGGGGCUGCGAGUGGGGGCGGAGGAGGUGGGGCGGGUGGUGAUGGUGGUGUGUGUCCCAGUGAGGGAUGAUGGGGAGGAGGGCGCGGCUGUUGAGAGCAGUCCCGUGGGACCCAUCAUGCCAGGUAAGGAGCAAUGCAAAGAAGGGGGAGGGGAUGGGGAGAAGAGGCAGGAAGGGGUGCGGGAGAGGCGAGGGGGGGUAGGACGGCAGCAGCAAGGGGAGAUAGGACUGCACGGGGUGAGGGGCGAUGGGGAGGAGGGGGGCGCUGCUGUUGAGAGCAGUCCUGUGGGAUGGGACCUAUCAUGGGAUGAGCAGUCCAGGAGGGCGCUGCUGUGGAGAGCAGUCCUGGGGGACCCAUCAUGGCAGGUAGAGUUUGCUGGUGGAGGGGUGAGUGGGGGAGAGGGUGAAGAGAGAAGACAGCUAGGGGUGUGGAUGGUAGAGGGCAGCACGGGGUGCGGGACGAUGGGGAGGAGGGCGCGGCCGUGGAGAGCAGUCCUGUGGGGCCCGUCAUGGCAGGUAGGAGGCAAAGGAGGGAAAGAGGCAAGGAGGGGCGAGAGGGGCUGGAGCUUUUCUCCCUCUCUGUCCCCUGCUGCUUGUUUUCUCAUGUACCCCAUCCGCCCUCCUCCAUGCGCCCCCCUCCCCCUGUGUGCCCCGUCUGCCUCCCACGCAUGCCCCAUCCGCCCCCCCGGAAUCUGCCCUUCCUAUGCGUGCAGGCAGCAGGGCGAGUGCCGGGUGGCAUGGGUGAGAGUGGCGGCCACAGGGGAGGAGCAGCUCGUUGGGCGGCAAGGCACGUACACAGUGACAGCAGAGGACGUGGGGAGUCGGCUGCGAGUGGAGUUCACUCCUGUGCGGACCGAUGGGGUCGUUGGGGAGGUGGCUGCUGUCACCACCGAUACAGUCACACCAGACCGCCGUGUGUGCAUUAGUGUGUUGGAGGGGGGCGUAUUGCAGGCAGGAGGGGAGAUGCUAGAGUGUGCUGCAGCGGGGGAGAGGGGAGGGGGAGAAGGCGGGCUGGGGGAGGGGAGAUCAGGGGAGGGUGGAAGGGGAGAAGGGGGAGCGGGGGAGGGGGAUGUGUGGGUGGUGUGGUACAGGCAGGGGCGGGAUGGGCGGAUGGAGCGGAUAGAGGGGGCGGAGGGGCGCACGUACGUGCCUCAGGAGGCUGACUACGGCUGCUGUGUGGUGGCGGGGCAGGGGCGGGAUGGGCGAAUGGAGCGGAUAGAGGGAGCAGAGGGGCGCACGUACGUGCCUCAGGAGGCUGACUAUGGCUGCUGUGUGAUGGCGGGCUGUCGCCCGUGGCUAUCUGAUGGCACAUGGGGCGACGAGGUGCUCUCUGCUCCGGGGCCCAUCGUGCUGCCAGAGCUGUCGGACGAGGAGGCGGUGUCACUGGAGGUGGAGGGGCGGGCGGAGGUGGGGGCAGUACUGCACGCCCUGCAUGCUGUGUCGCCCGCCCUGGAGCCAUUCGUCACAGCUGUUCACAUGCAGUGGUGGCAGGCCAGCAGCGGCUCCGACUCGCACCGCCCGAUCGACGGCGCCACGUCAGCGCGCCUGCCAGUGACGGCGCGCCACGUGGGCGCGUACCUGCUGUGCUCCGCCACCGUGCUGGACUCGUUCGGGCGCUCAUUCAACUCUGUUGCCACCACCGCCACCCCCAUCGCUCCUGCCACUUCCACACCUAUCGCUGCCCCUGCUAACCUUGCCCUCUCAGCCCCCUCUGAGGCUGCGACUGCCAUCCCAGCUGCUGAGACUGCUGCUGGGCCCCAUGGAGCCUCCCCUGGCGAUGCAGACAGGCAGCCUGCCUCUGAAACGUUGCUGGCUGCUCCCGCUGCCACCAGUGCCGCCACUGCGGGCGCUGCUGGAGAGGCUGCAGGCACAGAGGAGGCACGGGGCAUGCAGGGGGCGCAGCAGCAGGGUGAGGGCGAGGGGGCCGUGCUGCUGGAGGGAGGCAGGGGAGCGGCACAAGGCAGGCAUGAACGAGGAGUGCAUGAGCAACGAGGGCGUGAAGGAGGGCAGGACGGCCAGGCAGGCCACGUGGGGGAAGGGCAUGAGCAAGUGCGUGGAGGCAUAGGGGGAGGGUAUGCGGGGGAGGGAGAAGGCAGGCGAGAGAGCAGAGCAUCAGCAGAGGCGGAGAGUGCAGGGUUCCGCCCUGCAGCCACCCCCGCACACUCAGAGCACACCGCGCUGCGCAUAUCAGGAGGGCCCUACCACACGUCGCUAUUCCACCUGCACCUGCCGCCGUCGCCCCCUGCCCCUGCCUGGCUGCGCCCGUCCUCCUGCUGCAUCCAGUGGUUCCGCGUGCCUCCAGGGGGGUUCCACGCUUUGGAUCCGCAGCCCAUACCCGGUGCCGUACCCCUAUCAUCCGUCCCCCCCCCUUUGCCUGGCUGCGACCCUCCUUCUGCUGCAUCCAGUGGUUCCGCGUGGCCCCAGGGGGGUUCCACGCUUUGGAUCCCCACCCCAUACCAUGCUUUGGAUCCGCAACCCAUACCCGGUGCAACGGCCACAACAUACCAAGCUGACGUGGCAGACGCGCAUCAGUGCCUCAUGCUGGAGCUGCGGCCCCUGCCCGCCCAAGACGUGCACUCCCAGCAACAGGAGGGGGAAGCGGAAAGGGAUGGGGAGGAGGUGGUGCUGCGAGUGCUGUCGCCGCAAGUGCUCGUUGACCCCGCAGUGGCGAGGGAUGUGGAUCUCAUAGUCGCAGCAGGCAGCACCAAAGUGGAGACACAUGACGUGGGGCGGUCGGGCCGGAGGGAGCACCGAGUGGUGGACGCCAGUAGAAAGCGGUUCAAAGUGGUGAAGCUCACUGCACUCGCUGCCAUCAACCGAGUGGAAGUCAGAGCAACCUACGACCCGCCCUUCAGGGUAACACUCACGGCUCAGGUGGAGACAGAACCGGGUGAGCGGGAGCGCAUGUGCGUGGUGGUGAGUGCAGAGAGGGAGGUGCAACUCACACUGCCCUCCUCCCCCUUCCUCUUCCAUCCUCUCCCAUCUCUCAUUGCACCACGUGUGGAAACAGAACCGAAUGAACGGGAGCGCAUGCGGGUGGUGGUGAGUGCGGACAAGGAGGUGGAACUCACACUUCCCUCCUCCCUCUCCCACCCCCUUCCUCUCCCAUCUCUCAUUGCACCCGUGUGCCAUCAGGUGGAAACAGAACCAGGCGAGCGGGGGUGUAUGCGGGUGCUGGUGACUGCAGGCAAGGAGGUGGAAACUGAGCCGGCCGAGCGGGAGCGCAUGCGUGUGGUGGUGGAGACAGAACCAAACGACCGGGAGCGCAUGUGCGUGGUGGUGAGUGCAGAAAAGGAGGUGCAACUGACACUGCCCUCCACCCCCUUCCUCUCCCAUCUCUACUUGCACCACGUGUGCCAUCAGGUGGAAACAGAACCGAAUGAACGGGAGCGCAUGCGGGUGGUGGUGAGUGCGGACAAGGAGGUGGAACUCACUCUGCCCUCGCAGCGAGCCCGGGAUGUCAUGGUGCUCUGCCUGCGUGCCUUCAUGCAGCAGCACCGCACUGCCAAGCACCAUUAA